UAGCAAUUCAACUUUUAAUUAAUUAGAGCGAAGUAACCGCUGUAAGGGUUUAAUUAAUCCCCACAAAGAGCCGUCAAUAUUAAUCAACGUUUGGUAUUAAACCUCUGAAAAUGAUAUUGAAGACGUACCUCUUUUGCGUAUUGCAGAUAACAUCGAUCACCUGGCACUUUGUAAUCGCGAUGCCAAGCAGCAGUGACAGUUCUUCCUCAGAAUCAGAAUCGAAAGAAAUGGAUUUGAAGAAAAUGCUUCAAGGCAUUAACUUAUCGGAUGAGUCUAAGGAAACUCAACAAGCUAUAGCACAUUACAACAUUGUGCAGAUGGCAAAGGACACAGCAAUUAAAGAUGCUAAAACACUAUUCCAUGAUAUGAUUAAAAAAGAUGAGGAAGAUCAGUUGCAAGGGUUAAACAAUCUUAUAACUCACUUGAAAAAAUUCGGUAUGCAGGGAGUACAACGAAAAUCGUCACGGCGAGACGAUGCCCAGCUUUACAUAAUUUUGUAAAUAAGACACUAGGUACUGUAUUUAUCUCGUUUCCUUGGUACACUGUUACUUAAAAUUCUUAUGUUUUAAGUAGUAUUAUAUUGCAUUAUUAUAAAAUAAUUUGUGUUACGUUGUUUGUCAAUCUUAAAUUUUCAAUAAAUGACAUUUUC